AUGCCCGAGCGUCAGCGCCAGCGUUUGGCACUGGUAGCAGGUGCUGGGAGCUGCAUGGCAGCCGUUGGGUUCACCCUCCCAACGACUCAAGCAUCAAGUGUCAGAAGGUUGGCCGAUAUUGCGUCAAGUCAGCCUGUGCAUCCCCAACAAGAAACCUUGCUGAAGGGUGGCAUGGGAAUGAAGGCCAGUGCAUUUGCAACUCUGGCUGGAGUUGCAACAAGUGUCUCCCUGGCUGCUCGACGUGGAUCGCAGACAAAGACUUCCCGGAAUUUCUUUGCCAAUGAGCCCCCAGCACAGCCCGUCACCGUGGAGCCUCCCACGAAGGGCACUCAGCAUCCGCCCGGCACUCGAAUCCCUGAUGGGACCCCUGAGCCACAUCCCAUGAGCAUCCGCAAGAGGCCUCGCCGAAAUCGACGAUCAGCAGCGCAGCGGAAUAUGUUUUCCGAAACCAGGCUGACGCCAGCCAACUUCAUUCUGCCCAUUUUUGUGCACGAGGGCACGGAUGACAUCCCCAUCAGCUCAAUGCCUGGAGUUUCUCGAGUCGGAGUGGAUACGGGGCUCCUCCGAGAAGUCGAAGAGGCGGUCAAGCUUGGCGUCAAGUCUGUGGUGCUUUUCCCAAAGACGCCCGACGAGUUGAAAACCCAAACAGCAGAGGAAUGCUUCAAUCCAGAAGGCCUUGCACAGCGCGCCAUUUCGAACGUCAAGAAGGCUGGGAUGUCAAGAACCCUGAAGCAACUAUUGAUGGGAGAAGCUGGGUUUUGUGUAAUGGAGUUUCUUGCGUUCGAGUUCUUACGUUUUGAGGCUUUCCCUGAAGUGGUCACUCUGCCGAACCUUGGGACUUUGCCAGGAAUGUGA